AUGAACAUUUUGGAAAAAAUCUUUCUUCUUUUCUUCUUCUUCCUCUUCUUUUUUCUUCUUCUUCUUCUUCUUCUUCUUCUCUCUUUUGUCUCCUUUUUAUUUUAUUUUUUCUUCUCUCCUCCCUAUAACUUCUUUUCUCACUUCUUAUUCAUUCUAUCCUCUCUCUUCUUUUUUCUUUUCUUUAUUCUCCUCUCUUUUCUUCUUUUUACCUCUUUUUUUCUUCUUUUUUCCUCCUCUCUUCUUUCAUUCUUCUUCUUAUUUUCUUCUUCUUUUCUCUCUUCUUCUUCUUUCUUCUCUUUUCUUUUUCUCCUCUUUUCUUUUUCUCCUCUUUUCUCUUCUCCUUAUUCUUCUUUUUCCUCCUCCUCAUAUUUUGGUUUCUUCUGUUCUCCUUCUCCUCUUUUUUUCUUCUCUUUUGUUGUCCCUUUCUUUUUCUACUGUUUUCUUCUCUCCUACUUCUCUCCACAAUCUUCUUCCUCAUUCUCUUCUUCUUUUCUCUCUUAA